AUGACUUCAAGUACACAAUUUGAUGCAGAUUAUAACUUAUUAGAUAUGUUUUCAUGCGAUAUGGAUUUUGAACAAGCUUAUUCAAUGUAUAAUAAUUUACAACAAAACAAAUUAAUGGGGUCUUUUGAAGAUUUACAAAAAGUACAAAUGUUAAAUCAACAAUAUACUACAAAUAUACCACCAUCCCAAGCCCAAAAUACAGACUAUGAUUAUGGAAGACAACAAAUUAUAAAUAAGAAUUACCAGAUGCAUACACAAGACUCAUUUGAUGAAUUUGAUCAAUUUUUCACUAAUAAUGAAUCAAAUGCUUUGGAAAAAUUUUUAGAUAAUUUAGCCAAUCCAAAUUCAUUAUCAACAAAUCCAUUACAAUUUUAUAAGCAAAAUUUAUCACAACAACAUUCACCAAUACUUAAUAAUGAAUUAGAUUUUAAUUUUGAUUUACAUACUAUGAAACUACCAAAAAGAAAUGAAUCAACUACUUCUGACUCCUGUAUAAAUUUAAAGAAAGAAUUAACUGAAGCAUUUACAAACCCAUCUCAUCAUUCAAAUUUUCAUAAUCAAUUACCGACACCCGUUGAUUCAAGAACAAAUUCAUCAAAUCAAUUAAUUACACCUCCAACAUCAGGUGAUGAAUUGAGUAUUAAUAAAAAUAAAAGACAUAACAGUUCAGAUGAAGAUGAAAGUGAAGAAGAAGGAAAAGAAUCAAAAGAUGAAGCUCCAAAAAAACGUAGAAGAUCAUCAAAUAAACCAUUAUUAUCAUUAGAACAAAAGAGAUUAAAUCAUUCACAUUCAGAACAAAAAAGAAGACAAUUGUGUAAAUUAGCGUAUCAAAGAUGUCUUGAAUUAAUAAUAAAUAUAGAUGCCUUUAAUAAAUUACCUGAAUUAAAUGAAGCAGAAAGGAAAUCAAAAAGAGCAAGAGUUAAUAAAGAUGGUUUACCCAAUUUAUCUAAACAUAAUGCAUUGAUUAGAAUUUCAAAUGAAAUGUUGACUAUAAAAUCAAAAAAUGACGCUUUAAAAAAAUUAUUAGAAAGUAGUUAG